UAAAGAACGGGUGACGUAACCACUUCCACAACAACAAGAAGAAACAAGGAAGUGUCAAUCCGAAACCUGUAACAAGGCCGAGACGAGAUACGCAGAGCUCCGUAGAAGCUGAUGUUCCUCAGCCUCCAAAUCAAUCCUCAACAAUGAAUAACAAAGGUUCAUAUCCACAGCAGUCUGUGUACCCUCAGCAGAGUACUGGACCCGUAUACCCCCCCGCUAUGCAAAUGUCUCCUCAGGCACCUCCUUACACAGACACACCACCCGCGUACUCUGAGAUAUACCAGCCCAGAUAUGUGCUUCCACCUCAGGUGCCUGGUCAGAUGGCGCAGAUGUCCUCCCCCUACGCAGGCCAUCAGGUGUACAUGCCCAUGCAGCCACAUAUGCAGGUCGGUCCGGUGGGCCAGAACCUCCCCAUGGCUUACUACCCCAUGGGGGCCGUUUACCCCCCUGGAUCGACCGUAAUGGUGGAAGGCGGCUUCGACGCUGGCACUCGCUUCACAGCGGGCAGCAGCGUUUCCAUCCCACCCCCACCACCUGGACACCCCCCUAAUGCGGCUCAGCUGGCCGCCAUGCAGGGUGCCAAUGUUGUCAUGACGCAGCGCAAGAAUAACUUCUUCCUGGGUGGAUCCAGUGGUGGUUAUACCAUCUGGUAACAACAGCUAGCAGCUCCUGCCCUCCUCGUUCAUGCCUAAACCGUGCCCCCCCCUUCCCCUUCCUCCCCCCCAUCCCAGAUGAUUCCCCAGUUCCUUCUUUAUUCCAUACGCCUUCCUCUUCAGGCUGCUUGGCCAGGCCACAAUACUGAUAUCACCUAACGGAAUGUAAUAUUUUAGAGCCCUUGUUAAAGGUACAGUACUCCACUUCUGACCUACAGACGAAACGAUAAUACCCACUGCCUGAGAGGAGAAAAAAAAAAACGACACGUUUUAAAUUUAAGUCUCUCCGUAAUUCUUUAUUGGACAAAAAAAAAAAGAAAAAAAGAGUCUUUGGUCGCUCUAAAUCGGACCUUUUUUCAGGCGUCUGCGUCCGCUCAGGAGGGCCAUUCUCCUUUUAAUCAAAGGAGGUCACAAGUAACACUGAGAUAUUCAUGUAUUCCUGUACAACUACUUAGCUGAAAUAUUGAAAUAACAGACCUACAUUAUAUAGUUUAGCUGCUUUAUGGUGAAAGUAAAACGAAAAGAAACAAAGUUACAAGGUCGCAAAGCGCAAACUUAAAGAAACCUCCACUUGUCGUUUUUAAAAAAAAUCUCUAGUCUAGUUUAAUUAAUAGGAGUGUAAUAGUUUUGUGUAAAUACCAGUAUGAUGAUCAGGGGAUGUUAACAUCUCUGCUAUAUAUUUAAAAAUAAAAAGAAGAAAAAAAAAAAGAACCAGCAUCCUGGAUGCAGUUAGUUAGAGCUGUCUUGUCUUUUGCACAGUAUCAAAAAAAAAAAAUCACCACAAUAAAUUUGUUGCACAAUGAAAUGUCUGAGAGAUUGUUCCAUUUCAAUCAGUUGUAAAUGAAAUAAAUUUAAUUUAAAGCAAAAAAAAAAAUGUCUUUAAGUAAAGAGUUAUUGCAAUAUCUCAAGUGGUUUACUGUACCUUGUUGGGCAACGUGUAGAUGAACAUAGUCGAGUGCCAAAAAGAGCACUGGGGAUAACCCUGAAUCGAAGCAAAUUCACUUCAGUAAACUUAAAGGAAAGAAAUUUACCGUAAAUCCAAAUAGUAAGAUGAACAGAAAGGGGUGGUUGGUGUAACAUUUCUAGCUUUUCAUGUAUCCUGUUUCUAUUCCACGGUCGGAUACCCAGAGUUUAUCGCCGCGCAUUUAUUAUUCAGAUUUACGGAGCUUUGCUUUUGGGUUGUUGUUUUUUUUUUUUUUUUGUUUU